CGAUCGAUCAGUCGCGUGAACCGCAUCCCCCUCCCCACACCCGCCGUCACAGCAAAUUUCUGUAUCAUACCUCCGGAGAUCACAAGCGUGCAACAUGUUUUUCCUAAAAGAGGAGAUCAAGGUGAUUACCUUGCACCCGUCCUACUUUGGCCCCAACAUGCGCGAGUACCUCAUCAACCGGUUAAACGAGGAGGAGGAGGGACGUUGUACGGGUGACCAUUUCGUGAUCUGUGUGAUGGACAUGGUAGAUAUUGGCGAGGGCCGGGUGCUGCCGGGGCUUGGGCAAGCAGAGUACACGAUCAAGUACCGAGCGAUCAUCUGGAAGCCCUUCCGAGGCGAGACGGUCGAUGCGAUUGUUACCUCUGUCAAACCAACUGGAAUCUUUACUUUGGCCGGCCCAUUGUCUGUUUUCAUUGCACGGAAAAACAUUCCCUCCGACAUCAAGUGGGAGCCCAACACGGUACCACCCCAAUAUACGGACCAUGCGGACCAGGUCAUCGAAAAGGGCACCAGUCUACGGCUCAAGAUCCUCGGUGUGAAGCCCGACGUUGCCGCGAUCAAUGCCAUCGGAACGAUCAAGGAAGAUUACCUCGGACCGUUGUAAUGCGAUUGCGACGAGCUCCACACUUCCGCCGUUACCCUAAUGAUUGAUGUCGCCCAACCAAAAAAGAACCACUAGGUUCGCUUUUCCCCUUUCCAUCCUCAUACAAAAACGACCAGGCUGAAGGCGACUGCCUCGUAAGGAGAUGCGCUCAUCGGGGAGGAUGAGAGGGCGUCCCGAAGCAGUCUCAGGAUUCCGGAGAUGAUCGAAAGACGGUCCCGACUGCCUUUGGAUUGCAGAAGCCCGCGCAGGCGAACAGGG